AUGAGGGACAUUAAGAUUGGAGAAUUAGACAGGUGCGCACACCAUCGGAGUUCUCGCUGUGGGGCAUUCUCAAGAAGGCUUUACAACUUCACCAGCAAAUGCGAUGCCGAUCCGAGCUUGGAUCGAGCUUACGCCGAAACCUUGAGUAAAAAAUGUCCCAACACAGCAAGUCCAACAACAACAGUGGAAAUGGAUCCUGAAUGUUCACUAUCAUUCGACACUCGUUACUACAACAUGUUAUUACAAAACAAAGGGUUGUUCGUUUCAGACGCUGCACUUCUUACAGACAGGAAUUCCAACAGGGCCGUGUUCCGGUUACAAAGAUCGUCUUCUUCGUUUUUCUCUGCAUUCGCCAAAUCCAUGAAGAAGAUGGCUGCCAUCGAAGUUCUCACCGGAAAUGCUUGA